CCGAAGCCACCAAUGUACGUUGAUGCCCUCUCACCUGGGCUCCUGUCGUCGUUGAAUCUGACGUUUGUGUACAUAGGUCGACCUCAAGGCACUGUGUGCCAGCAUUAUGUUGUGGAGGGAGAAAAAUGACAUUCCGCAGCGCUCGGAGAUCCAGAUACGGAGACUCGAUCCGUGGGAUGAGGAGCAGCAAAUCCAUGGGCAGCACACGACCACUGUGAGCAACAAGUCGAAUGAGAUCGGUAGUGGCCCGAAAAAUCCCAGACGAACACCGCCAGCAGACUGGGAUAUGCUACUACAUCAGAUGAGACGGGUGAGCGAAGAUAUGCGGCGGACACGGAAAUGGAAAUCGAGAGGACUCAAGCAUGCGGCAGGCUGGUGCCAGUGGAGCAGAAAACAAGCUGCCAGAUCCCAGGGCGAGUUUGUGCAAGAUCGAGACAAUGGAUACCGAUUACACAGAACGAUCGAAGGUCAGACAGGCUUGAAGGAGUGGGCAAUGCAUCUGGGAUACCGUCGGGAGACUGCCACUGCGGAUCGUGGGGGAUCGUCCUUUGUCGAAGAUGGAAAUGUGACAGACAUGGCCGCGCAGUGUAAUAAGGGUGCGGUCGAAAUCUGAUGAGAUUGCCCAAUGCGAGGACAGGGAGCUGGGGCCGUGAGUCACGAGACAGACCACAUCCCUCCGACCAUUCCGGGAGCAAAUUCAAUCGACUGAAAGAGGUUCGCACAAGAAGCAAGAAGCAAGAAGUAAAUGGCCAGAUCUUGGGAUGAUGACUUGUACUCAAUUUGCAUUGUCCCGAUUCCACGUCACGCAAUCCUCAAACUUGGCGCCAGUCCCGCCAAAGACGUCCAAUGCACUGCCGAUAGUCAAAUCGACUUU